AUGUUGAGAGGUAACGACAAAGUAAAACUGAGCCGUUCGGACCUUAUCAAGAAAAUUGAAGAACAACAGCUUCAAAUCAUUGAUUAUGAAAAUAAACUGAAAGAUCUAAUUCGUGCUUACAAGGGACUCAGCGCUGAAAGAGAUGCUUUGCAGACAGCAUUUAAAGCUUUGUGCGUACAACAAGAAACUGCAACUUCACUUGAGAAACCAAAAGACAACUUUCAAAAUGAUCAAUCUUGUCUUGAAGCCAUUGCGGAAAAAAAAGAGCUUUCCGAGGAAGACCAAAUCGAGAGCCUAAAAAGGUCUUUAGAAGUAUUAAUAAUUGAAAAAAGUAAACUAGAGGCAGCCUUUCGAUCUGACAGAAAAGCUUUAUUGAUCGAAAAUGAAGCUUUGAAAAAAAGAUUGACAAAAACUGCUAACGAGACUGAAGCGCAAGCUGAAAAGUUGGAAAAUAAGUUGUUGGAAUUGCGGUCAAAAAUAAAGUUGAUAGAAGGAGAUCGUGAAAAAGAAUUGUCAGACCAUGGUUCCGUCCUGGCUGCUAUCCAACAACAAUAUGCAAAGGAAUGUGUCAAUUCGGGACAGCUUGAAAAGCAGAUCACAGAAUUGCAUCAAAAGUUGCGCGAGAAAGACAAAAUAUCUAAAACACUCGAAACGGACAUUGUUUCUUUGAAAGAAGAACUUAGCCGAGCGCAAAGUGAAGUAAAAUUUUGGCAGAAAAGAGCUGAGAAAACACCGGCUAUACAAAUAAUGGAAAGUGAACUUCGGGAUGUAAAGGAAAGCAGUAAAAAUGAAAUUACCGAACUAAAAAGGAAGCUAAUGGAGACUAUGAAUACAGAAAGAGAAAAUCGUCUAUGUGAACUAGAACAAAGACUCCAGGAAUUGUCAGUUGAAACUGGCGAUUUUAAUAUGAUUCGCGCAGAAUUGCAACAUAAAGUGGAUCAGCUGGAGAAAAAAAACAAGGCUUUAGAAGAUGAGAAUGCAUUUCUUGAGGCUUCAAAAUCAGCGAAAGAGGUUGAUGAUGAAUCUACUAAUUUUGAAUCACUGAAACAAAAUUUCAUGGAUAGCGCUCAGAAAUUGCGCAAUAGUAAACGGACAAUCAAUUUCUAUAAUCUGUUAGGCCUAGAUGAGACUUCGUAUGAGCACAAACAGCGUUAUGAAGUUUUGAAGGAUGAGUUCGAAAAAUACAAAUUGAAGGCUGAAACAGUGCUAAAAAGCAGGUCUCUGAAGAAUGAUACUUUGGAAAAUACAGGAAUAUCACAUACGUUAUCAUUAUUACCUGUAAGCGACUGCUCAUCUUGUGCAGCGGCAGAAGCAGAUCUGCGACAUAUGCAUUCAGUUGUGGCCUCGCUUCAUGAUAAACUUCAUUCUCUUGAAAUAGACUACGCUAAUGCAAAAUCCAACUAUGAAGAAAAAACAACCCAACUGCAACUAAAAAUUAUGGAAGUGGAAAUGACGCAAGAAAAUUUGGUUUCUGAUUUGCGCAAUCAAAUGCAUCAAAAGGUGAUCGAAAUGGAAUCUGAGAUGCAAAAGCAACGUGUCCGGGCUCUAGAUAUGCUUGCGGAAAAAGAAAAUGAGUUGGAAAUUGCGAAAGCUGUAUUAGCAUCGAUAAGAAGCCAACCAAAUGUUGACCCAAUAGAUCCUCCGCAGGGUACUUCAUUCCGAUUCGUGAACUAUCGAGAAAGUCGUGCAAAUGACUUGUUUGAAAGUAAUGCGUCUAUUGAUGAAAGACGAAAUGCUGAAAUUCGGAAUGUAAUUGAUCAUUUAAGUGAUGUCGAUUCAUGCUCCAGUAUCAUGGAUGAGCAUCAUUUAGAACAUUUAUCAACUUCAAAUAGUACUCAAGUUCUAUUCCCUAUCCCUGGAACUACAGCCGCCACAGAAACUCGCAAUGUAUUUUACGAACAGCAGCUUGUCAGGAGGGAAAAACAAAUAUUGGAAUUAAGAAAUGCUAUGCGUGUAUCAGAAUUAAAUGUUCGCGAUAUUCAACAAGCAGCUCUCACUAAAGAUUUGCAACAUUUUGAAAUGGUGGAGAAAUUGAAGGAUGAGAUCAGGAUCCUGGAAGGAAAACUGAAAUUUUUAAGUUUCGAUUCAAAUAUGGAGUAUUUACGAAACAUUUUCGUUCAGUUGCUACAUUGUGAUAGUUCUUCUGGUCGUAAACAUAUCCUGAAAGCCAUAGGUGCUGUGUUGAAAUUAAGUGUGGCUGAAAUGCGAGCUAUUGAGAAACGUAGUCUGUAG